CGUGGUGUCUUUACUUCUUUGUCUGUUACUGAUUUUGUAAGUGUACUAUCAUAGGGCGCUGCCCUGAGGAGGAUAUUUGAUCCGACUUUCCAGGGCAAGGUUGAGUUACAUCCGUGUGCGGAAGGUGAAGGUUUUAACCUGGACAUUGUUGACAACUUUCGCGUUCCUACACGCGACGUGUUGAAUGCACCCCUGCCGCAAGGCCAAGGUAUGCUUGGGGGCCUGGGUUUGUUUGAGGUGAAGGGUGGCCCCAAGAAGCAUGCGGAAAAGAAACCUGUGUAGAAAGCUAUGCGGGGCCGCAACAGGAAAAAAACCUGAGGCUCCUGUUGUUCCUCCUUUGGUGCCGCAGGCGGCAGGUGGUGGUGCGGCUGCAGUUGGGACCUUCGUGGGUUCCAAGCCUGCUGGUGAGAAGAAGAGAAAACAAGAGGAGAAAGCUGCUGAUGCCGGUGGAAAGAAGCGUUCGAGGAUACAGAUAAAACGGAUAACUGCUGUCUCUCAGGUGAAGCCUGUGGUUGCGGCUGGUAAGUGUCUUAUAACUUUGUAAGUUUUUGCCAUUGUAACUUGUAAUUGAUGUUUGUUGUUGCUUUGUUCGCAGAACCGUAAGACUUCUCUUUUUUAUUUGAUGCUCCUCAUUCCCCCACGCAUGACGCGUCUGCGGAUGCGGGGGUAAAUAAAGAAUUUUCCAGCCCUUUUGUCAAGGUGGUGUCUGAGCCCUCUGUGCAGGUAGAGGAUACUGGGAAGAAGACUGCGGCUCAGAUCUUUGACACAGUUGAUUCCUCUGAUAAUCUGAUCUUUCCGCAAGAUACCGAUGAUCUCAACUUAAAGUUUUCUGAUGCUGAAAAGCAAAAAUCUGAUGCGGAAAGGCACAAGACUCCUGCUGCCGAGAAGGCUUCCGGUUCUGCUUCUGGGGGUACGGGUUUCGAAGGGCCCCCCAUUCAGCCUGAAGAGUCUGAAUUGGAACACUACUACCGCACCUAUACAGAGGACCGGGCUGUGAACUAUCAUCGCCCCCUUGGAGUGUUAUGCAAGGGGAUGAUAUUUCAAGUGAUCAUUCUGCUUGUAAGGAGAUUUUGGGUGGUCUGGGCACCCUGUUUGAAGUUAAUCGAGCCCGCGCUUUGCCCUGUGAGCUCCGGAUCAACCAACUCUCCUCCAUGCUUGUGGGGAGUUUCAUAAUGGCAAAUGCCAUUAUGGAAGACUAUAAGCUGCUGGGGCGCAAGGAGGAGGAAACUGCUCGCUUGCGGGCUGAGGCUGAAGAGUUGGUAAAGGCUGCUCGUGAGGGUACGGAGCAGCUUAAGAAGGAGAAGGCUACUUUCGAGCAGUAUAAGCAAACUGAGGAGUGGGCGGCAACUGCUGGCCUUAAACAGGUUCGUACUCUCGCCAAACUGCUUUCUGAUGAGCGCAAGAGUUGGAAAGAAUCACUUUCUAAUGAGCGUAAGACUUGGAAAGAAUCUUGGGCCAAACAGAAUGAAACGCUGUUUCGUGUUCGUCAGGAGCUGACCAAUGUCAAGGCAGCGAAUGCUGCUUUGGUUAAGGAGAAGGCCGCGGCUGAGGCGGUUGUCAGUAAGGCCAAGGAGGCGGAGGCCCAGGCUGCAAAGGCUCUUGAAGAGGCCAAAGAGGCGGGGGUCCGUGCUGCCAAGGCCCUUGAAGAAGCGAAUGCUGAUCGCACCCACUUAAACCAGACUGUUGGGGGCCUCCAGGUAUGAGUUGCCUUUUCUGUUUCACAAGUAUGUUUAUCUUUAUAUGCUUGUGUUCUUUGUUUUCGAAAGGCUGAAGUGCAGAAUCGCGUGACCAUGGUUGUGGAGGUUACUGCCCGCGCAACUGAAGCUGAAGCGCGGGCAAGGGAGGUUGCUGAGGCUAGAAAUGGCCUUGUUUCUUCAUUCAAUCAGCUCAAGGAUGAUCGCGAUCGGAUGCAUGAUCACGGUAUUGGGCAUAUUGUUAAGGCUAUCCUGGACGCACCUGAGAACGCAACCGAUGUAGAUCUGAUUAGGCUGCGUGCGCGGGAGGCUGGUUUUAAAGCUGGCUACAACCGAUGCAUUAGUCAUAUCAACGUUUUAUCCAAAGGCGAAUACACCGAUUAAAGGUCCGGGUUCCAUCUCAUGGAUACCGAAGGCCGUCUUGCUGCCGCUCUUGCAGCAUAUAAUGACAUGUCCAUUUCCGCCCUUGAGCAACUUGAUAAAUGCUUGGAUGCGGAAGACUAUGUGGACCGCUUGCGGUUGUUGUACGGUGAUGAUGAUGAAGAGGAGGAAGAGACCGGUGGUGACGGCACGGGUGGUGCUGAUACCAGCGGUACGAAGAAGAACUAGGUUGGCCUACGUGCCUUUUUGUUUCCUCAAUGUAAAUGUUAGGACGUGAUGUAAAUCUCUUGUACACCGCGUAGGUGUAGAAAAUUUUUUUGAAUAUAAAGUUUAUCCUUUUGUUCAAUUUAUACAAGUGUUUUUACUA